ACUUUUCCGAAUUUGUUAUUAAAAUUGUAACGAUUAGAUGAGAUGAGAUUAGAUCUGUUGUUACGUUGUGUGUGAAUUAGCUUAAGCUUCUAUUGAAAAAAAAAAAAAAAAAAUUAGCUUAAGGCCUUAAGCCAGUGCAGCGCAACUCGACUCGCGCAUCCGACCAUGUCGUCUCCAUCGGAUGAUUGUCGCACCAGAAAGCGGAGUGGAGUGCGUGUUUGAAGGGGACGGACACAACACUCCCAGCCCUUCAUAAAAUCAUGCAACUACUGCUUUCAAGAGCCGCUUUUGUCUUGUAUUCUCGGCCGUCUAUGGCGCAUUUGAGCACCACCACCACCAGCACUAGGCAGAGGAUGAGGUUGAGGGGUGUGGUGUUCGACAUGGACGGAACCCUAACGGUUCCCGUCAUAGAUUUCCAUGCUAUGUAUAAGGCCGUACUCGGCGAGGAAGAGUACGCCUCUGUCAGAUCCAAAAACCCUUCCGGCAUCGAUAUAUUACACCACAUUGAAACUUGGAGUCCCCAGAAGCAGCAAAAGGCUUACGAGAUCAUUGCCGAGUUCGAGCGGCAAGGACUCGAUCGCCUUCAGAUCAUGCCCGGUGCAGCAGAAAUUUGUAGUUUUCUUGAUUCAAAGCAAAUAAGGAGAGGUUUAAUUACUCGUAAUGUCAAAGAAGCAGUUGAUUUGUUUCAUCUACGUUUUGGAAUGACGUUCUCCCCAGCACUCAGUAGGGAGUUUCGCCCUUAUAAACCAGACCCAGCCCCAUUAUUACAUAUCUGUGCAACUUGGGAUGUUCACCCUAAAGAAGUAAUGAUGAUUGGCGACAGCCUUAAAGAUGAUGUAGCUUGUGGGAAACGAGCAGGAGCUUUUACAUGCUUGCUUGACGAAACAGGGAAGUAUGAUUCUCCCAAGUUUGAUGCUGUUGAUCUAAAACCAGAUUUCAAGGUGUCUUCACUUCUUGAUGUUCAUUCAUUGCUGGAAGCAAAUUUCGAUCUGAGACCGUAACCCGAAGCACUUCGGUGACACUAAAGGUGCCAGCCUGCCAGGGAACGCAAAAACUAACUUAAGAGGUAGUGAUGUCACAUAGUUUCUUCAACCAUGAUAUCAAUGCCAAGAUCCCAGUUGUAAAAACAAAUUCUACAUAUUAUCAAAUCAUCCAUGUCAUACAGCCUAAUUCAUAUGCUUCUUCAUUAGUAAGCUGAGUAAAAAACAAAGAUUGCAAUGAAAUUUAUGUAUUGAAAAAAGGGUUAGGAGCCAAUAACCACUGAGCUGAUAAUACAAAGAAUUUGUCAGAGGAUUGGUCUCAGUCUCGUGGCUAAAAAGCGAGCAAAGACAUUGUA